ACCAAACUGUCGCUGGAGCCGGCCGCGGCGGACGGUGCGGCGCCCGUUAGCCGCACCGUUCAGCACACCGUGGCGCAGUGGCGGGAGUUGCUGCGGCACGAAGAGCUGAGGAGCCUCAUGCUGGUGAACUGCGUGUCCCUGGCGGCCCACGCAGGCCGCCGGAUGCACUCGCUCGAGAGCCUGCGGAGGUCCUGGGCCCGCGUCAUCCGCGGGAUGAGGCUCUGCGGGGCGUUCCCCCUGCCCACGCCGCCCCGUCGUGGGCUCUGA